CUCCGCGCGCCGGCGUCCGCUGCGUCUCCGGCAUUUGAAUCGCGCUUCCGCCAUCUUUCCAGCUUCAGUCGGACAGGCGCGGAGAAUCUUUCGGAAGGAUCGCCGCGAUGGCCGCCCAGGGAGAGCCGCAGGUCCAGUUCAAGCUCGUCCUGGUGGGCGACGGCGGCACCGGGAAGACGACGUUCGUGAAGCGCCACUUGACGGGCGAGUUCGAGAAGAAGUAUGUAGCCACCCUGGGCGUGGAGGUGCACCCGCUCGUCUUCCAUACCAACAGAGGACCCAUCAAGUUCAACGUGUGGGACACAGCCGGCCAGGAGAAGUUCGGGGGCCUGCGAGAUGGCUACUACAUCCAAGCCCAGUGUGCCAUUAUAAUGUUCGAUGUAACAUCAAGAGUUACUUACAAGAAUGUACCUAACUGGCAUAGAGAUCUGGUACGUGUGUGUGAAAACAUCCCCAUUGUAUUGUGUGGCAACAAAGUGGAUAUUAAGGACAGAAAAGUGAAGGCAAAAUCUAUUGUCUUCCACCGAAAGAAGAACCUUCAGUACUAUGACAUUUCUGCCAAAAGUAACUACAACUUUGAAAAGCCUUUCCUCUGGCUUGCCAGAAAGCUCAUUGGAGACCCUAAUUUGGAGUUUGUUGCCAUGCCUGCGCUUGCCCCACCUGAGGUGGUCAUGGACCCAGCUUUGGCAGCACAGUACGAGCAUGAUUUAGAGGUUGCUCAAACAACUGCCCUCCCGGAUGAGGAUGAUGACCUGUGAGAAAGUGAAGCUGGAGCCCUGCGUCAGAAGUCUAGUUUUAUAGGCAACUGUCCUGUGAUGUCAGCGGUGCAGCGUGUGUGCCACCUUAUUUAGCUAAGCAGUACUUCAUUGGAUGCUGAAAGGAGAUGAUGAAUGGGCUUCGGAGUGAAUGUGGCAGUUAAAACAUACCUUUUUUUUUUAACAUACCUUCAUUUUUUUGGACUUGCAUAUUUAGCUGUUUGGAACACAGUUUCCUGAAUUUCAAAAAUAAGACUGCUACAGUCACAUCGCACUAUUCAGUCAGUGGUAAAAUCUUGUUCCUGUCAUUCCCAUUCUUUUUGUUUAGAAUCAGAAUAAAGUUGUAUUUCAAAUACUCUAAACAAGUGAAUCAUCCCUUGUUUAUAAGCAUUUUAAAGCUAACGUAAGGAAGCUUGUGCCAUACUACAGUUAAAAAUGCCUUUGCUUAGUGCCUCUGAGGUUCAUUCAGAUAUGUUCUCCUGUGCCUACCUUCACAAACAUUUGGAUCAAGUCGUGACCUAACGCUUGUCUUAGAAGUGUGAAUACUGUGGUUCAGCUAGGAUAUCUGUCCUACCUGCAUUUUGCUAGGUAGUUUCAUCUAAAAGAAUAGCUUGUUUAAAGUUGUAUGUGUGAAUCAGAUGUUUUAGUGUAAGGACUAUAGUCGAAGUGUCUGUAGAACUGCCUUUGGUGGAAGGAAGCUUGAGGAUUUUCUGACAUGUAUGUUUCUUGGUUUCCCUGUCUAAUGUUGGUUCUCUAAAAUGUUCUCAGCUUUUGAGUGGUGGUCUCAGCCAGCAUUCAGGAGGCAGAGGCAGGAGGAUCUGAGUUCAAGGCCAACCUAGUCUACCGAGCAAGUUCCAGAACUGCAUAGAGAGACCUGUCUCAAAAGAAGUGUUCAUAGUAGGUAGGCUGUGGCCCAGCAUCUGAAUCCCAGAGAUUGUUUAUAGGCAGCACAGGAAAGGAAAAGCUAGAAUACUGCUGUAGAUUUGCCUGGGCAUCUGAUGUGAAAAUGUCAAUUGAGCCUUUUUGUUAGGUGUGAUCCUGUCAGAACUAUAUUGUGGUGGUAAUGUAUUUACUAGUUCAAUCUACCAAAGUUAUUUUGAUUCCCCCAAUCCCCCCCCCCCAAGGUUUCUCUGAACAUUCUGAACUGUCCUGUAACUCACUUUGUAGACUAGGUUGACCUUGAACUCAGAGAGAUCAGCCCGCCUCUGCCUCCGAAGUGCUGGGAUUAAAGGCCACCACUGCACAGCUCUACUACCAAAGUUCUUAAAAGUGUGGACUACUUCAGAUGGCUACUUUAUCUCCAAAGAAGGUUGAGUAACUUAAAAUGAGGAGGCUGAAAGGAAGUUGUGUUGUGUACCAGCUUUUACUAAUUUUAAGAUGCUAUGUAUAUGCUAUGCUAAAAUCAGGUGAAGACCCUCUCCCCUGACUGGGAUGAAACUUCAUUUAGAUCUCUUAAAUUAAUACACUGUAUGCAAACCUGAUGUAGAAUGCAAAUACCCUAUGACUCUGAUUUUUGUAACAGUUAAACUUGAGAACUACUUCAUGUGUGCUUAACCAGAGUGUAGAGGAUUUACAUCAUUUAUUGAAAGAACUUGAAAAUAUA